AUGACCAAUUGUUUUCUUCGGCUUGGCACAUCCAUCACCGUUCUAGCAAGUUUGAUACAGCCUUCUAUUGCAGACAUCUACCUUGACUGUGGAUCCCCGACAGCUGGAAGUGGGAGCAAAAGCAGCCCGUUCAACUCAGUGAAUAGUGCGAACAAAGCAGUACUUCGCCCUGGAGAAUCAUUCAAUAUUAAAUCUGGAACCACAUGCUUUGGGGUACUAUCACCGCGUGGUAGUGGGACAUAUGAAAAUCCAAUUGUAAUGACAAGUUAUGGGGAUGGUCCACUUCCAAUUAUCAACGGAUCUGGCGCAGCGGAAGUUGUCAGCCUAACGAAUCAAAACUACUGGGACAUCUCCAAUAUUGCAGUAGUGAACCCUGCUACAGAAAAUGCCUGGCGGCGCGGCAUUGUUGGGGUAUCCAGCGAUGGGACCGUGCACCAGGGUCUCUACAUCCAUGACGUGACAGUUUACGACGUCGCGGGUGAAACAGACAAAGCAACACAGUCUGACGCUUUCAUUGCUUCUGCCGGAAUAAUCGUUAAUGGAACCGAGAACGGCAGCCGCUAUGAUGAUGUGCAGGUCUAUAACAACACGGUCUACGAUUGUGGUGGAGGCGGAAUCAAGGUUCGCGUCGGGCAAAUGGACAACCGCGGCACGGGCGUGCAUAUAUGGGGUAACAAUAUUUCCUACGUUGGCGGCGACGGAAUUGUAGUCUCAUACGGGGGAUCAUCUAUCAUCGAAAAGAAUAUUGCGGGGUUCCUCGGACACGGAAAAUACCCAUACACAGGCGGCAAUUUCGCCGGUAUCUGGGUCCUGGGAUGUCGUGAUGCCGUGAUGCGACUCAACGUUGUCCAUGACUCACUCAUGUCGGAUGUUGAUAGCGAAGCAUUCGACUGCGAUUGGGGGAAUGAGGGUACUUGCACUGUCGAGUACAACUACAGCCAUGACAACGCUGGUGGCAUUUUCUUGAACUGUGAUGGAUGCGGCACAGCUGGAGGAGCAACACAGAUCGUUCGAUAUAAUAUCUUCCAAAAUGAUUGUCGCAUAUACAGCAACGGAGACGGCGUACAAUUGGAAUUUUAUAAUAAUGUGGUCUACUGCCCUGACAAGGCGUUUGAGAUUGCAUUGCCACCGCACACAAAUUUGUCCAAUAAUAUUUGGGUUGGGACGGCAAAUUCGACCUUGCCAACUGGUGGAUCUAUUGAAUGGCAUGCCAACCUGUUCCAGACGGUUGGUAGGCCAACCGACACGGCUGGAAUUGCAGGCGAUCCACAAUUUACCAACCCUGGAACUGGAAUGGACACAAUUGAUUCAGUUAAUGGCUACAUGCUACUCUCAGGAAGCUCGGCUAUUGGUAAUGGGAACCUCAUUUCUGACAAUGGAGGACGCGACUUUUGGGCCAAUAUGGUCUCUCCACACAAAUUGCCCAAUAUCGGAGCUUACAAUGGUCCGGGUGCUUAG